AUGUCAGUGACGCUACACACCGACCUUGGUGACCUCAAAAUCGAAGUUUUUUGUGAGGCGGUGCCUAAAACAGCUGAAAACUUUCUGGCUCUGUGCGCGAGCGGUUACUAUGACAACAACUUAUUCCACAGGAACAUCAAAGGCUUCAUAGUACAGACUGGUGACCCAACGGGAACGGGCAAGGGAGGAAAUUCGAUAUGGGGCAGGAAGUUUGCGGAUGAAAUCAAAUCAUCUUUGAAGCAUAACGCAAGAGGUAUUGUAUCAAUGGCCAACAGUGGACCGGACACUAAUGGGUCUCAAUUUUUCAUUACUUACGCCAAGUUACCUCACUUGGAUACGAAAUACACGGUUUUUGCAAAGGUUAUCGACGGCACAGAUACCACACUUGAUGCCAUUGAGAAAGUACCUGUUGACGAAAAGAACAGACCCAUCCAAGACAUUCGAAUCAAAUUCGUAACAAUUCACUCAAAUCCAUUGGCCGAACGUGAUUAG